CAGAAACCACGCCUGCGUGGAUCGCGUCACACCAAUCCUCGCUACCCAACGCGGCCAAAGGAUAUCCAACCUCGAGAACCUCGAGAGAAUCCUUGCGCCUUGCCGAUCCGCACCUACCUAGGCUCUUGGGUGGGGGGGGGGUGCCCACUCUUCACAACGAACCUUGGUUGGAGUCGGUUAUGCUGACGCUCGGCGCGCCGCUCGGGGCACCCGGGAAGGAUAAGAUCGUCCACCGCGGCGUUGAUGAGAAUGGCCGCCAGUGGGCGGUCGCGCAGCUGAAGCGGCUUGGCGCUGGUGCAGUGAGAAAGCUGACUGCGGAAGUGAGCUUCCUGCGGCGGGCGGCUGCAGCAGGCCUCGCACCGCAAGUGUCCACCGAGCUCAGCGACCUACCGAAGGGACGGCUCGUGACCGAGCUGUGCGACGGCGGUACCCUGAAGGACGUGCUGCGCAGGCAAGAUGGCGCGCUUCGGCGCGACCAACAGCAGCGCCUCGUCGAGAUCCUUGAGGCGCUAGGCGGACCGACUCGCGACGGCGACGGGGCGGCGAGCCGGGUGGCGGGGUGCGGGGAGGAAGGAGGGGACGCGCCGCGAGAGGGGGGGAGGGGCGCUCUCAUGUCUGGCUGGCCCGCCGCGACCCCCACGGGGUCGGGAUGGUCGGUGGUGCUGCUCUAGGCGGUCGUCCCGUGGAGGAGCCCCCCCUCCCCUCCCCCCUCCCCCUUCCCUGUCCGGCCAACGCGGAGCACAUACCCUCUUGCUACCCCCUGCAGGUGAGGGAAAGGCACAACUCAGAACGAUGGGCUUGCCCAUCCCGGAGUGGUUCGAUCCCACACAAACCCGAGACGGUGACGGGAGCUAUCUGAUCUCAGGCCCGGUUGGAGGGUAGUGCCCCGUACCAUGCGGAAUCGACCCUAUCCAGUGCUC